CCAGGCCGGUUGAAAAGGGCAGGUGCGGAAUUCCUCGCAACCGCUGCCGCGCGGGCGCAGCAGCGCAAGCGCCGCCACCUCCCUCGCUCCCUCCCGGAUUCCCCUCCUUCCCCGAGGCGACGCGGCCGCCCCAAAUCCAGCCCCUCCGCCUCCCCGCGCCGCCUCGCUCCCUCAAAUACGCCCCACCCGCGCGCGCUCGGAGGGAGGGUCACCACCGUGCGCUGCCGUCCGGUCGCGGGGUCGGCGUCUGUCCUGUGUCUCUUGCCGGGCCGGGAUGAUGGGCGGGGCGAGCACGAGCGCUAGCGGCCGCCGGCGGAGGUGGACGCAGCGGUCGUGCCGGGCCGGAGGGGCGGGCGGGGUCGUCACGCGGACGGUGGCGGCGCCGGAGGAGCGCGGCGCGGGCGCGGCUACGCGGCGGAGCACUACAGGGUUUGCUCAUGUGGAUAAGCAGCAGCGUGUAUACGGACCAUUAUCAUCAGAGGGUUCCAGAAGUAGCAGUGGAUCCACAAUAAUAGAAGAUUUUCUUCAUUCGGAUUUAUGUGAAUAUAAGCGUAAGAGGUCCUUGAGAAAAGAAAUAGGAAGCCACCAUUCUCUAUCUUCUGUGAUGUCAGAAUCAAGGAAUCAUGGUGCAGCAACUCAAAUGCCAAUAGCUUCUGAAAAACCUUCCUUUACGUGGUCAACAGAGAAGCAAGUCCCCAGCAACAAAAACUUUCUUCCUGCAACCACUACUGUCUCGGAUUACGGGUUGGCCUAUCGGCCUAAAUUUCAUCUUGGCAGAGGAAGUAACAAGGCAAAUCAGACUGGAGCACCAAAAGAAUCCAGUGGCAUGUGCAGUUUCAGUUAUCAAUUAGCUAGAAGUGCUGGAAGAUCUGAUUCUAUGAAGAUGGGCCGAGCAAGUGCAAAGUGCUCCCUUGCAGACACAAUGUCGAUGUUACGCCAACGGCGGUUUGGUCGCAGUUACCAGAAUCAAAACCGCAUUGGUGCAUUAAAUCAAAGGCAUAAGAACACACAAUCUGGAGGAGCAAUCAACAUGGUAAAAAAAGAGGAAACUUAUAAUCAGUCUGAUUUGUCAACAGGAAGACACUGGCAAACUUUGUUGGAUAAUGCAUUAGUUCGAAGGAGAUUACAGCCACUCAAUGAGGAAUCAUCUGAACAACUAUGGAGCUGUACAAACAGUGAAUCUGACAAGGCGAUAUGCUUUUCGUCAGGUGGGAGCAUUGAUGGUUUGCAAGUAUCUUUUUCAAGUGACACGAGUGACACAAGUGAUAACUCCAAUUUAUCCUCUCUGGGUGCAGUGGCAAAUGAUCAAUGGAGGAUGUCCUUCAAGAAGGUACACUGUCCACUUGCUGCACGUAUAAACUAUAUCCCCCAAGCUUCCUGCAAAGAGAUCGAGCAGGCAAGCCCAGUAUCCGUUCUUGAAUAUCCAGCUGAAGAUUUUUCUGAUACUGAAAACAUUAAGAAAGAUACAAAAGAUCCUCAUGCUCCCCAGCCAAGGCCUGAGAUCGUAUACUUUCCUUCAGAAGAAACUGUUGCUGAGGUAGUUGUGGAUGCUGCACUUGGUAAUUACUCGUGCUCUGAGAUGGAGUCUACUGAACAUGAUGAAACUAUACAGCUGGUAGAAGACACCCCUUGCGAAUUUGAAGACGAAGAGGAAAGAGAGUUCUGCUACUUGCUGGACAUUCUAAUUGCUUCUGGUAUUCAUGGCGUUGAGGAGGAUCGGCUGUACAAGGUGUGCCAGUCCCUUGAUUGCCCUGCAGGCUAUGACGUGUUUGACAAGCUUGAGAAGAAAUACAAAAAAGUGGCUCAAUGGUCAAGGGCAGACAGGAAGCUCACCUUCGACAUGGUAAACUCCAUACUGUCUGAAAUUCUUGCCCCAUGUUUGGACAUGCACCCUUGGGCAACUACCGCUAGGAAUAUGGCGCCCGCGUGGGGCUCGGAGGGUCUCUUGGAGAAAUUGCUGCAGGUGUUGACUAGGAGGCGAGAAGAACUUGCGGCAAGGAUUCCUAAAAAUGAGAAAAGAGGAUUUGAUCAGAAAUGGCCAGACUUGGCAGAUUACAUCGACAGGGCAGGUAGGGAUGUUGAGAGGAUGAUAAAGGAUGAUCUUCUGGAAGAGCUGGUUCUGGAGUUGAUGUCCAGCUAGUUACAAAGCCUACUGCUGGAGUUGCUGUCAGCUUUCUUAGGCCCAAGGAGGUUACAAAGUUGCUGUAGGAGUGUAGGUCAUUGCUUUCUGUGUUAGGUCAGGUUGAUCAUUGGUUAUACGGAGUAUUUGUUUCUUUGGUCCUUAAGGUCAGAGUUCCCCCUAUUUUUGUUAAACAAGUGGUUGACACUAUUUUUUCGGGUCGAGUCGCCGUGCUUGUUGUAGCUUAUUAUUUGAGAAGAUGCUUGCUGUAGGAUAUAGGGUAUGGGACAAGAAGUGGUGUGGUCUGUUAGGUUAGGUGAGGGAGGCACAUAGUUGAAAUUCAUUCUUGGUACCAAAGGGGAGCAAAAUGUGGGAGAGUUGUUUCCCCCAUUUUUGGAUUUUGUCAGUUGUUACAAUUCUGUAAAUCAGGUCGGUCAGUAUAGUCAUGAACAUUUAUAUUCUUA